CCCUAAUUAAUAAAAUUAAGGAAAUAGAUAUUGCCGAUGAUGGGAUUCUUCUUAACAGAAAAAUAAAAAAAAUUUUAGAGAGUUGGUAUCAGGACUGCCAAAAUGGACCUGCAGUAGAAGCGAGUUUUGAUUCAAUUUACGAAGCCAGCUUGGCAGAUCCAGAAACAGGAAGUAAAUUAGUACAACUAAUCGCCUGCAGAACAUUUUUAUCCCAAGAAAUUCACAACCAAAAUAUUAGGAUGAUGUUUAUCCAAAAAUUACAACACAGUUUUGAAACUUGCGCCCAAUUACAAUCCUCCAGCCCAAAUUUAUUUAGGAACAGUGUGCAUCUGAUGGGGGAGUUUUUCAACAAAGCCAGGAUGGCCAACGGGCAACAUUUUACAAUUAUGUCUACCCCACUGUUGUCUUAUUUGGACAUGCUACUUGAUUCUGGGGAUUGUAUGGACCUCAAACUAUUUACUACGCAAUUAUACUUAAAUGGCAACACUCUUAGGCAAGAAUGCCCAGACCGGGUUACCGAAAUAAGAGGCAAAAUAAGACUGAUCCUAACCACAGACCAGACUUAUAAUACAAAAGAGUCAAAACUGUGGCUUCUUUUAGCCAUAGAAAUUAUCAUCAACAAAUUCUCCUUCUCAGCUGAAAUUUAUAAUUACUACAAAGUACACCUCGGAGAUCAUGCAAUGGCCUUUUUCCAGGGUUCUCACGAGUCUCACGAAACCUUACCCGACCAACCGGUUCACAGGAAUCAUCUGAACCAACAGAACCAUCAGAGGGGCAUAAAUGUCGUCAAACCAUUAGAUGCUCCCUCUAAUUCAACUCAAAAUAUCAAUUUAAGAAAAGGUCCAGAAUUACGAGCCAACACUUUGAAUGCGCGGUUCCACAGGAAUAAACAACUUCUUCCAGAAAAAGAGGCGGGUCCAAGUGGUCGGGACCUAAAGAGCAAGGGCGGGGAAAAAAACAAUGUUAAAGAUGAGAGAGAGAAAAAAAAUGGGGAGUAUCAAAGGAAGAACGGCGGCAAUAAAAAAAGGGGGCAAUAUAAGGGGCCCAAGACGGGCCGGAACGGGUGGAGUGAACACGAUGAUCGCUGUUAUCAGAAUUGCCCGUGGUAA